GGGACAGGGCCGUGGCCAUGGGCAGCCACGGGGCUGAGGGGUGGUAGCUCCGGGGAGCGGGAUUUGUUGCUGGGAGAGGUCGGAGCGACGGACAGCUGACCUGGACCUCCCCCAGCUCCAUUCCUCAUCCCACCAUGACCUUUGUGGAGCUGCUAGCCCGCCUGGGCGGGAUGGGACGCUUCCAGGUGACCUACGUGGCCGCCCUGGCCAUUCCAUUGCUGAUGCUGGCCAGCCACAACCUUCUGCAGAACUUUACCGCUGGUGUCCCUGAGCACCACUGCCGGCCUCGGCCUGUGGCCAAUGACAGCGCCGGGGAUGUCCCACUCCUCAUCUCCAUCCCCUCUGACGGCCACCACCGUCCCCAGCGCUGCCGACGCUAUGUGGAACCCCAGUGGCACCUCUUGGAGGUCAACAGCACGGUCAACGAUACGGCCAACGGGGCAGCCACUGAGCCUUGCCACGAUGGCUGGACCUACCACGAUGGUGUCUUUGCUCACACCAUCGUUACUGAGUGGGACCUGGUGUGCGAGUCCAAGACGUUGAGGCAGGUGGCCCAAUCCAUCUACAUGGCCGGGAUCCUCCUGGGCUCUGGCCUCUUUGGGAUCCUCUCUGACAAGUUUGGGCGCCGGGCGCUGCUGACCUGGUGCUACCUGCAGCUGGGGGUGACGGGAGCCGGCACCGCAGCUGCCCCCACCUUCAUCGUCUACUGUCUCUGCCGCUUCCUGGCGGGCCUGGCCAUGGCUGGUGUCUCCCUCAACUCUGCCUCCCUCUGCAUGGAGUGGAUCCCGACGGAAGCGCGUGCCGUGGUGGGCACCAUCAACGGCUACUGCUACACCUUGGGGCAGUUUGUGCUGGCAGCCGUGGCCUUUGGCCUCCCUCACUGGCGCUGGCUCCAGCUCGCCGUCUCCCUCCCCUUCUUCCUCUUCUUCCUCUACUCCUGGCUGUUUGUGGAGUCAGCCCGGUGGCAGGUGAUUUCGGGGAGACCCGACCUGGCCCUCAAGGGGCUCCGCAAAGUCGCCCGUAUCAACGGGAGGAAGGAGGAAGGGGACAAGCUCAGCGAAGAGGCGCUGCGGACAUCGAUGUGCCAAGAGCCACCGCUGCCAGGAGGGGCCUUGGCCGCCCUGGUCCGCACCCCCGGGAUGAGGACGGUCUCCUGCGGAGUCUCCUUCGUCUGGCAAGUGGGGCUGGUUUGGGGUCAAAACCCAACUUUUGGGGUCAAACCCCCACUUUUCUGGGCAACCCCCACCUUUUGGGGGCCAAAAUUCACUUUUUUUGGUCCCUCCUUGGUCACAUCUGGUGGGUUUUGUGUUGAAACGUUGGGUUUUGGGGGCAGGUUCUCCACCAGCUUUGCCUACUAUGGGUUGGCCAUGGAUCUGCAGGGCUUCGGAGUGGACAUCUACCUGAGCCAGCUGGUUUUUGGGGCUGUGGACAUCCCGGCCAAGCUGGCCUCGGUGCUGGCCAUCAGCUGCGUGGGACGGCGGGUGGCCCAGGGCGGCUCCUUGGCACUCGCUGGCAUCUGCAUCCUUGCUAACAUCAUUGUGCCAAUGGAGCUGCAGAUGCUGCGCAUGGCCUUCGCGGUGAUUGGGAAGGGUUCAUUGGCCGCCUCCUUCAACUGUGCCUACAUCUUCUCUGGAGAGCUCUUCCCCACCGUCAUCAGGCAGACGGGGAUGGGCCUGGGGGGCACCAUGGCCCGCGUUGGGAGCAUGGUGGCCCCGCUGGUGCGCAUGGCAGCUGACGUGACCCCAGUGCUGCCCCUCAUCAUCUAUGGGGCUGCCCCCAUCAUCUCGGCCAUCGCCACCUGCUUCCUGCCCGAGACUCGCAACGUGCCCCUGCCCGAGACUGUCAAGGACGUUGAGAGACGCCACAGAGCGGGUCACCUCAAGGACGAGGAGGUCACCGUCCCCCUGAGUACCACCAAGACCAAGGACGGCGUCUGAGCGGGGAAGAGGACAGCCAUCGGAGACACCUGGGUCCCGCUGGGCCAGCGGGGAUGGGGGACAGGGUGACACGUACCCCCACCCCACGGUCGAUACCCCCCACCUGGGUGCUAUUUAUUUAACCCCAAUAAAACCUUAUCGCAA